AUGAGAGUCGGGGAAGCUGGAUUCUCAAAUGAGACGUUGCAGUACGCGUCCUCAGGAGCCAGUCUAUGGACAGCUCACAACACUGAGCAAAGUUUUGGACAUCGGUGAUUUCUGUGCAGCUGGCAGGCCCUCCUCUGUCAGUGCCCUUUCUUUCUCCAGCUGUGGUGCGCUCAGUCACAAAGUUCAUGACGGUUGCUGACGGUGACACUUUAGCGCUCAUCAUGCCUGUCCGAGCAGAGUGCUGCAGUACUACCGGCUCGGCCUGCUCAUCCUCGGCGUCUCUUGUUCCCCCUGCCCCGAUCAACACCUACCAGCCGGGGGUGGCUACCUCGCUGCUGUACAGCGGCUCGCAGUUUCGGGGUUACCAGAAGAGCAAAGGCAACUCCUACGACGUUGAGGUUGUUUUGCAGCAUGUUACUGUGGAGGACUCAUACCUGUGUGGAUACCUGAAGAUCAAAGGCCUGACUGAGGAGUAUCCCACUCUCACAACGUUCUUCGCUGGCGAAAUUAUCAGUCGAAAGAGGCCUUUUUUAACUAGGAAGUGGGACGCAGAUGAGGAUGUGGACAGAAAGCACUGGGGCAAGUUUCAGCCUUUUUACAAAUAUGCCAAAAGCUUCAACUCAGACGACUUUGACUAUGAAGCUCUGGACAACAGUGAUUAUGUCUUCAUGAGGUGGAAGGAGCAGUUUCUAGUUCCAGACCACACUAUCAAAGACAUCAGCGGUGCCUCCUUUGCAGGCUUCUACUACAUCUGCUUCCAGAAGUCCACAGCCACCAUCGAGGGGUACUAUUAUCAUAGGAGCUCUGAAUGGUACCAGUCUCUAAAUCUGAACCAUGUUCGAGAGCACAGUAUGCCCAUUUAUGAAUUUCGGUGCGGCAACGUGACCCAUCCGUUUGUCACGGAGACGUACAGGUGCGUGGCCAAGUACGAGACCAAAGACACCAAGAACAAACCUUUCAAAGUGGCUGUGGACGAAAAAGUGGACGUACUCAUCAAAGACAAAGCAGGGUGGUGGCUUGUGGAGAAUGAAGCCAAACAGAUGGCCUGGUUCCCGGCCCCCUACUUGGAGAAGCUAGAUGACGAUGACGAUGAGGAUGAAGACGACAUAGAUGGGACUCCUGAGAGAGGAGCCCUGUACACUGCAGUGAAGAGCUACAAAGCCACCAAAGAUGAUGAGAUAACUGUAAACAUGGGCGCAGUGGUGGAUGUCCUGCAGAAGUCCAACAAUGGCUGGUGGCUCAUCAGGUACAAAGGCAAAGCAGGUUACAUCCCCACCAUGUACCUGCAGCCCUACAACUUCCCUCGCAUCCAGAUGACAGGCCACCACAAAGAUCGUCGCGCUUCCUCCUCCCUACUCCCGGACCCCUCCUCCUCCUCGAUGCUGGAACAGUCCCACCAGCUCAGCCUAUCUCAAGGAAACCUGCUGCAGCUUCCACCCGUCAGGUCUUCCUCGCCUCGCCUGCUUGAACCGGAAAACAAGCCUAGGUCCCGCUCCCUCAACGUCUUGUCUGAUCAGCCGCCGGCUCUGCCCUUGCCCAGGGCCUUUUCGCCCUCUGCUGCUCCUGCCGCCUCCCCACCCGCCGCAAAUCACGCCCCUCCACCCACCAUCAUGGUGGAGGUGGACGGAGAAGAGCAGGAGGGGUUGGAGCGUGGCAGGAUGCUGAGAGAAGACAGUGAGGGGAGCAGCUUCAUGAGCAGCAGCAGCGACGACUUCAGCUUCAGUGACGACCUCAGCUCCUCCUCGGCGAGCUCGUCCCUCAACCUGAGCCACAGCGUCAACGAGGAACAGCUGCGCCUCAGCCGCACGCCCCCGCCGAGCAACUGCCUCAGCCCCACGAGCGCCCAAGAGGGGAAGAUACUCCCCAGCGUCUCUGACCCCAACCUCUACAAGGGGCCCACGAUGCCUAAGGUGCCACCCAGGCCGCGGGCUCAGGAGAUCCUCACCCGCUGCUCCACUGUCACCCGCAAGAACGCAGCCAGAGGCGGCCAGUCACCCACACAAACCGAGAUACAGACCAGAUGAGGUUUCUAUUGACACCAAAGCUAGCUUUAUUUUCUCAUUAUUAAAGAACCUCAUCUAGUCUGGGGCCUGAGGAUGCAGCUCUGCUAAUUAGGCUACAACUGCUGGACUGAUCUAUUUAAUGAUUGAAGCUAAGACUAGAGAGGACUGCUGCAACAUGUAAUAGGAAUUGUUGAUUCUGAGUGGUGAAGUUUUGUUAAUGUUGUCUACCAUGUAUAAUGUGCAUGUGUGCAAGUUUCACAAAAUCUCCUAAUUUAAUCAGUUUAUAUGUAUAAACAAGACGAUUAAUCAAGAUUCACUAAACAUUCAUAGCUCACCUUUUUACUAUCUGUUUUGAAUGAUGACUUAUUUUCCAUACUGGAAACCCUGUGUCGUGCCUUAUAUGCAUUUUCACUGUGUCGAGUGCAGAAGAGCGUGAUUGAUUUAUGCUUGUACCUGAAAUAGAAAGUAAAUGUUUUGUGAAAUACCAGUCUGUGCAGGUUGUUCUGUUUCCUGCUAAAGCGUGUUUACAGCAAAAACUCCACUUGGAAGAAUGUAAUGUGGCUUUUUUUUCAUAUGUUACUGAGAAGCUUGGAACAAAUAAAAAGCAUGGAUUGAAAAGAUAAA